CCCAACCUUAUAAGACGCUUUUUCUCCUCCCGAGGAUUCAUCUUUUUUUUUUUUUUUUUUUAAGUCCCCCCCCACCACCAACUUUUCUCAGCCGGUGCUUUGCAUUUGUGGAAAGGUCAUUUCAAGAGUGACCAGAUGAUCUAUCUAGUGGCGAAAGCAGCCGUCGGACUGGUGCUGCCCGCCAAGCUGCGGGACCUGUCGCGGGAGAACGUCCUCAUCACCGGCGGCGGCAGAGGCAUUGGGCGCCAGCUGGCUCGCGAGUUUGCAGAGCGCGGCGUCAGAAAGAUUGUUCUAUGGGGCCGGACUGAGAAAUGUCUGAAGGAGACGACGGAGGAGAUCCGGCAGAUGGGCACAGAGUGCCACUACUUCAUCUGUGACGUGGGCAACCGGGAGGAGGUAUACCAGACGGCCAAAGCUGUCCGGGAGAAGGUGGGUGACAUCACCAUUCUGGUCAACAACGCCGCUGUGGUCCACGGGAAGAGCUUGAUGGACAGCGACGAUGACGCCCUCCUCAAGUCCCAGCACAUCAACACCUUGGGCCAGUUCUGGACCACCAAGGCCUUCCUGCCGCGCAUGCUGGAGUUGCAGAACGGCCACAUCGUGUGCCUCAACUCCGUGCUGGCACUGUCUGCCAUCCCCGGCGCCAUCGACUACUGCACGUCCAAAGCGUCCGCCUUCGCCUUUAUGGAGAGCCUGACCCUGGGACUGCUGGACUGUCCGGGCGUCAGCGCCACCACCGUACUGCCCUUCCACACCAGCACUGAGAUGUUCCAGGGCAUGAGGGUCAGGUUUCCCCAUCUCUUUCCCCCGUUGAAGCCAGAGACGGUGGCGCGGAGGACGGUGGAAGCGGUGCAGCUCAACCAGGCCCUCCUCCUGCUCCCCUGGACCAUGAAUAUCCUCAUUAUCUUGAAAAGCAUACUCCCACAGGCUGCACUGGAGGAGAUCCACAGAUUCUCAGGAACCUACACCUGCAUGAACACCUUCAAGGGGCGGACAUAGAGGCAGGAGGAAGAGACAUGCUCAAGGAGCCACAGAGCCUGCAGGGGCCAUAGAACCUGGGCACACACCCAUGCGCCUGCCUGUUGGUACAUUUCUGCUGGGUGAGCAGGGCUGCUUCUGUCCCCAGGGAAGAAUAUGGCAGCCCCCCAGGUCAGCCCCAGGACCUUUGCACAGGACUGAUGGGUGUAACUCUGACCCCCAUGGGGAGCCAAGAAACCAGCUAGCAGCUGCCUUGUCAUUUCUACAUUUCUGAUUCUGUAGAGUUCAUUGUUAAAUUGCUUCUCAAGUCUAACCAGCCUCAGCAGUGUGCAUAGACUAUUUCUGGGAGGGUCUGUCCCUAGAUGCUCUACCUUUCCCUCCAAAACCCACUCAUCCUCAGCUUGCACAAACUGGUUGAACAGCUGGAAUGAAAAAUAAAGAGAGAUGGCUUUUGCAA